CCUUCUAUACGAAAUUAUCAUGACACUAAUUGCAAUUGUAUAUCCAUUAGUAAAUGUAUUUCAACAUUUCGUCGAUGUAUUAUCUGUCAACAAAUGUUUCAUUCGUUAUUUUAUGGAAGAUGUUCCACCUCCAAUAGUUAUUUCGUGCAGUUGAAUACCGAGACAUCAUCAAAUAAAAAAUUUAUUUUCGGAAAAAUUGUUCUUUUUUUCAAACAUAAUCAAGAAACGUUCGCAGUAAUUGAGCAAUUUGAACAAAAAAGGUUAUUCAGUGAUUAUUUUAAAAGCACACAGUAUUACGCAUUAUUGCGCGAACCUUUAGAUACAUUUUUUUUCGUAUUAUAUAGAGAAUCACGAAGAAACCAUUUAAACAUUCCAGUAAAAACAGUUUUAAACCACUGUGUUGUAUUCGAAUUUAACAAUGAAUUAAUUGUAACCCCUAUCUCGUCUUACAGCGAACAUGACUAAAAACAGAGCAUUGGGAAUUACGAACAAACGUUCUUUUCUGAUCUAUUUUAAAACAGUUUGCUCGAGCCUCGGGUUUUCUGAUGGCUUCCAUUGAGCAUUUCAAGAAGAGAAAUAAUGAACGUCGGGAUUUCUGACAAAACGUUCUAAUCUCUUUGAACAGAUAUAUCAACCAUUUUUUAUCAUUGAAACAUCGGGAUUUCCGAGAAAUGUUUCAGUACUCUAUUGACGUUUUCUAUCAUUAUUAGAACGUUCGGGUAUUCCGUAACCCCCUCGAACAGGACGGGCUCUACGUGCCGAUGGGGAGAAACAUUGUUGCUCGAACAAUGACCAACAGUCCUGCAGUUGAAUGAUUGGUUUCUGACACUUGAAAAAUAACGAAAGUACAAAAGCGACUAGGUUAUAUUUUUAGUUAGAAAAAGAGUUAGUAUUUGAAGUGUAUUGGAUGUUUUUAUCAGCAGGAUAUUCGCUCUUCUUUACUGCAAAUCCGUUGUAAAGUCAAGUGAUCUUAAUAGCAUGUUUUUUUUGCUGACAUUUCUUGAGGAUCAAAUAUUUUCACUAUCAACUUUUUUUUACCAUUAUAGCUCCUAUAUCGAAUUUAAUACGUUGUUGUUUUUGUUCUAGAUACAGAGAAUUCCGUCUUGAUGUCAGAUAUUGAAGAUAUUCGACAAUCAUUAAAGAAGAGGAGGAUAUUGUUUUGUGGAGAUUCCAUUACUCGUGGAAUGUACAAAGAUUUAUGCUUAUUGUCUGAAGUUGAUAAUGAUAAUAAUCGUUUAUUAACGCAUUCUGAAUUGAAAUAUGAUGGUGAUGUAAAAAUAUUUAAUGAUAUCGUACAUUUAUUUAAAAAAGAUCGCAGGAACAGUUAUAAUAAUGUCGAACGUCGUGAAUAUAAGAACAACAAUUUUUCAUUAUCGUAUAUUUUCCUCAGUCGUGUUUUUAAUGAAGAAAUUGUAAAUUUGUUGAAAAGUGUGUCCAAAUAUGAUUUAAUUAUAUUAAAUAGUUGUUUGUGGGAUUUAUCUUAUUAUGGUGAACGCAAUUAUUUAAAAAAUGUUCAACAUUGUUUCGAUGAAUUAAAGAAAACAGGUGUUAAAACAAUUUGGUAUACAUCAUUGCCUGUGUGGAACAAACAACUCGAUCGUAAACUAUCCCAUUGUGACAAAUCAACGAAAUCUAUGGCUGCUAAAAAUAAUACACAUGUAUUGGAUCUUCGUCUUAUAAUGCGUAAUAAACAAAUGUUAAUGAAUGCAGAUGGAAUUCACUGGAAUGCGCAAGGACAUCGAACUAUAACAAAAUCGUUAAUUGUGGCUAAUCAAGUAUUUAGAUCACCGUCAUUGGCACCGAUUACUAUUAUUCAAGAAAUGGAGAGAAAUUUUAAUGAGCAUUCAGAGAGAAAGUCAAGUGAAGCAAGUAACAUUGGUGAAACACGGCAAUCCUAUAAACUGUUCUUAUUUUCUUAUUGUUUUGAUU